AUGGCUUUCCAUGUGGAGGGAUUGGUGGCAAUCAUUGUGUUCUACCUUCUGAUACUGCUGGUUGGAAUAUGGGCAGCAUGGAGAACGAAGAACAGCGGCAGCGCGGAAGAGCGCAGUGAAGCCAUCAUAGUUGGUGGCAGAGACAUCGGUCUGUUGGUGGGAGGCUUCACCAUGACAGCCACCUGGGUAGGAGGAGGGUACAUCAAUGGAACAGCCGAAGCAGUUUAUGUACCAGACUACGGUCUAGCUUGGGCUCAGGCACCAAUCGGAUAUUCUCUUAGUCUGAUCCUGGGUGGUCUGUUCUUUGCAAAGCCUAUGCGUUCCAAGGGCUAUGUGACCAUGUUGGACCCGUUUCAGCAGAUCUAUGGGAAACGCAUGGGUGGACUCCUGUUUAUCCCUGCACUGAUGGGGGAAAUGUUCUGGGCUGCAGCCAUCUUCUCUGCCUUAGGAGCCACCAUCAGCGUCAUCAUUGACGUGGAUGUGCACGCGUCGGUCAUUGUCUCUGCGCUCAUCGCCACCCUCUACACGCUGGUGGGCGGCCUGUACUCCGUGGCCUACACGGACGUCGUCCAACUCUUCUGCAUUUUUGUGGGACUGUGGAUUGGCGUCCCCUUUGCACUGUCGCAUCCUGCAGUCUCUGACAUUGGAUUCACAGCUGUGCACACCAAGUACCAGGCACCUUGGCUGGGAACCAUUGAACCAUUCGAAGUCUACAGUUGGCUUGACAGCUUUCUGUUGUUGAGUCUCGGAGGGAUCCCAUGGCAGGCCUACUUUCAGAGGGUCCUCUCGUCAUCCUCAGCCACCUACGCUCAAGUGCUGUCCUUCCUGGCAGCUUUUGGUUGCCUGGUGAUGGCUGUCCCCUCUGUGCUCAUUGGAGCUAUUGGAGCAUCUACAGACUGGAACCAGACUGCGUAUGGGUUUCCAGACCCUCAAAGUAAGAAUGAAGCAGACAUGAUCUUACCUAUCGUCCUGCAGUACCUCUGCCCUGUGUAUAUUUCUUUCUUUGGUCUUGGUGCAGUUUCUGCUGCUGUUAUGUCCUCAGCGGAUUCUUCCAUCUUGUCAGCAAGUUCAAUGUUUGCUCGGAAUAUCUACCAGCUUUCUUUCAGACAAAAUGCAUCAGACAAAGAGAUUGUUUGGGUCAUGCGCAUCACGGUGUUUGUUUUUGGAGCAUCUGCAACAGCCAUGGCCUUGGUGACGAAGACGGUGUAUGGACUGUGGUACCUCAGCUCCGACCUGGUGUACAUCAUCAUCUUCCCUCAGCUACUCUGUGUGCUGUUCAUCAAGGGAACCAACACCUACGGCGCUGUGGCAGGUUACGUGUCUGGCCUUUUCCUGAGAGUAACUGGAGGGGAGCCCUACUUGUAUCUGCAGCCCCUGAUUCUCUACCCUGGCUACUACUCUGAUAAAAACGGCAUAUAUAAUCAGAGGUUCCCCUUUAAGACACUCGCCAUGGUCACCUCCUUCUUAGCCAAUAUUGGAAUCUCUUAUCUAGCCAAAUACCUCUUCGAAAGCGGAACCUUGCCACCGAAGUUGGAUGUCUUUGAUGCUGUGGUUGCGAGGCACAGUGAAGAAAACAUGGAUAAGACGAUUCUGGUAAAAAAUGAAAAUAUUAAAUUAAAUGAACUUGCGCCUGUGAAACCUCGACAGAGCCUAACACUGAGCUCUACCUUCACCAACAAGGAGGCUUUCCUGGAUGUGGAUUCCAGUCCAGAGGGGUCUGGGACUGAAGACAAUUUGCAAUGA